AUGGUCAUUACGGAUGGAAAAGUCCACCGUCGCUCGACAAUAACAACAACAACACCGCUGAAUCCCGUUGAACGGGCUUAUGCCACUGAACUUGCAUCGCUCCAAAAAAGAGUAAAGUCCAACCCUCACCAAGACUACUACUACCACGAUACCAGUACCACGGGCACCACCCCAAAAUGGACAUUAAAACGAAAGCGCUCCCUCACCAAAUCCAAUCUCCACCACCACAACAAGCGCAACAAAAACAACAAUAGCAAACCAGAAGAAAAAGAAAAAGAAGAAUCCCCCACAGCCGUAGACCUCAUCUCCCCCACGGGCCAAACCCACUGGUCCACCAUCUCCCUCAGCGACCUCCUCGCCGCCCCCCGCCGCAGCGACAUUCCCGAUUUCCCCGGCAAAACCGACCGCCACGUCUAUCGCGACAAAGCCUACAAACGCGCUCGCGCGGGUUUACUCAAAUCACAGUAUUCUCCUUGGGAUUAUGUUAGUAAUGGAGCUCUUCCGGAAUCUGCAUCCGAACAGCCAAACAAAGGACAGCAGCAGCAGCAGCAGCAGCAGCAGCAGCAGCAGCAACCGAAUAAAAUCUUAUCACCAAAAGAAAAAAUCUGGUGGAAAAUUCAAAAUACGGCAUAUGAUCGCAGAGAUGCCAAUGGGAUUAUGAUUCGUGAGGGAUAUCUUACGGAAUGGUAUUUUAAUUCGGAAUUAAGAGGUGGGGUUUGGUAUCGUCAGCCGAAAAUGUUGGAGCCGGGUCCGGAGGGGUAUGUGCCCAAGGCGUGGUUGUAUCGAUGGGUGGUGGUGGCGAGGAGGAAUAAGGGAGGGGAAUGUUGGGAUGUGGGAAUUGGGCCGAGAGAUGAGAGGGUUGAGAUUUUUUAUUAUGAUCAUGCAAUUGUUGGGGUGGAUGUGGAGAGUGGCAAUAACACAGAGGCGGCGACGACGGCGACGGCGGUAGAGAAGCGUUCUUCUUCUUCUAUUAUGAAGAAAAUUCCUGUUCUCGACUCGACUGGUCUCUCUUUUUGUCGCUGGGAGAAGGUACAACAACAACAACACCAACUCAGAAUACCCCCAGCAGCAGCAACAGCACCACCACCACCACCAAAUCCAACCCUCCCUCAUCUCCCAAAUCCCUCCAACAACAACAAGAAAACCCCCACCAAACGCAAAAGCAAACUUCAACUUGUCCCCGAUUCCAUCAAUCCCCAUAAUCCCCAUCUUACCGACGACAAAGAACCUCCACCUCCAAAACGUCACCAAACCCACCAAAAGAAACCCUCUACUCCUACUCCUACUACGGUUAAAGCUACUACUUCAACUACCCCAAAAUUCCACUAUACCAAAGAAUUUUCCGCAGAAAUCGACGAAGCGGGUUUGUCGAUUGUGAGAUGGCGGCGACGGCAUCAUAAUUCAUAA